AUGGCUGAUUCUGCCGAUCUCCCUGACCGCAAACCCCGCAAGUCGGUCCAAUUUUCCGAAGGUGCUACGAUUGUCGACAGCAACGGCGACGUUACCGAAUCACUAGAGAUGAACGGCGACAAGGACUCCGCUGAGGGCCACGCAGCGAGUGCUGGCGACGACAAAGAGGUCGAGGAGGUCACCGACAUGUUCGCUGAUCUCGCAAAGAAGAAGAAGAAGAAGUCCUCCAAGAAGAAGGAAGGCGAAGAAGAGGACGGCGCAGAGGGCGACUUCGCCGCGCUGAAGAAGAAGAAGAAGUCCAGCAAGAAGAAGGUCGAGGACGACUUCGAGGCCAAGCUCGCUGCCGCCGGCGGUGACAAGCCCGAAGGCGAGGAGGAGGUCGCUGCUCCCGAACCCGAAGUACAAGAAGGCGACAUGAUGAAGGGCACCGGCAUCUGGGAACACAACUCGACGACCCCCAUCUCGUACAACCUCCUCCUGAACCGCUUCUUCACGCUCCUCCACGCACAACAUCCCGACCUCGCCAGCUCGGGCACAAAGAGCUACAAGAUCCCGCCCCCACAGUGCAUGCGCGAAGGAAACAAGAAGACCGUCUUCGCCAACCUUGCCGAGAUUUGCAAGCGUAUGAAGCGUUCCGACGAGCACGUUGCUCAGUUCCUGUUUGCCGAAUUGGGUACGAGCGGUUCGUUCGCCGACCAGAAGCGCCUGGUCAUCAAGGGUCGUUUCCAGCAAAAGCAACUCGAGAACGUCCUCCGACGAUACAUUGUCGAAUACGUUACCUGCAAGACCUGCCGUUCGCCCGAUACCGAUCUCUCCAAGGGUGAGAACCGUCUCAACUUCGUCACUUGCAACAGCUGCGGAUCGAGACGUUCGGUACAGGCCAUCAAGACUGGUUUCUCGGCCCAGAUCGGAAAGAGGCGGAGAAUGGUGGGUUAG